AUGCCUAUGGUUGCCGCUGUAUUAGCCAAUGUGGCAAUGCUCAAUCGCCUCCUGGUUCCUAAAGCCCUUUUAUCCCAGGCGGCACAGAUUUUUCAAGCCUGGCUUGGGGGCCUCCUAGGGCGCGAGAUCAUUCACGUCCCAUUCUCCCGAAGAACUCGUACCACCGUAUCCCUGAUCAAGGAUUACCACGAGCUUCAUAGAGAGAUACUAGAUACAUCUGGCAUCAUUCUUGGCAUUCCUGAGCAUGUACUGUCAAUCAAACUGAGUGGUUUGCAGCGUCUUGCUGAUUCGAAACUAGCCGAGGCGGUUUGUAUGAUCGAAAGUCAAAAGUGGAUGGAUGAAGUCUGCAGCGAUGUGCUCGACGAGUGUGACUUUACACUAGCUGUAAAGGCACAGCUAAUAUACCCUGGCGGUGCCCAACUCGCGGUUGACGGUCAUCCAUAUCGCUGGGAGGUUGCCAUGACUCUUCUCGGGCUCGUUGCGCAUCAUCUCAUGGACCUUGCUAGGGACUAUCCACAAAGUAUCGAUAUCCUGAAGCGGAACUCUACCGGCUUUCCGGUCACUCACAUCUUACGGCAAGACGUUGAAGAAGCGUUGAUCAGCAGGAUAUUGGAUGAUAUCUGUAAACGGCGUACGUCGAUCCUGCCUCUUGGAGAAUGCGGCGGACGAGGCGGGGAAGCAAUCAAGAUCUUCAUCUCUCAGGAAAGGAUUGAGAAGCCUAUUGUGAAGCAGAUUGCGAGCCUCUUCCCCGGUGUCCUAUAG